GCCCCUAGUAGGGUGACUGGAUGCCAGCAGCUAAAUGUGGGGCAAAGAGCCUGUUUGUGUGGGAAAAUAUGAGACUGGGUCCUACAGCUGUGAGGAAGUUUGGAAGUUUGACAUAUCUAACAGCAGUCGAUAUAAGCCACCUCCUCUCUGUGUCUGAGGUGACAUCAUGGCAGGGUCAUCUGUGCAGAAAACCGCCGCGGAGCGCAUCGGAUACAUCAGCAGAACUGAGAGCUUCAGCGCCUGCCACCGGCUCCACAGCAUUCAGCUGAGUGAUGAGGAGAAUAAAGAGGUAUAUGGAAAGUGCAACAAUCCCAACGGUCACGGACACAACUACAAAGUGGAGGUGGUCGUGCGUGGAAAGAUUGAUCCUAAAACUGGCAUGGUCAUGAAUCUGACUGACUUGAAGAAAUGUAUUGAGGAAGCCAUUAUGAUUCCACUGGACCAUAAAAACCUCGAUAAGGACGUUCCAUAUUUUGCCUCUGUUGUCAGCACAACGGAGAACGUGGCUGUUUACAUCUGGGACAACAUGGUGAAGGUUCUCCCGCCCGGCCUCCUCUAUGAGAUCAAGAUUCAUGAGACUGACAAGAAUGUGGUCAUAUAUCGAGGAGAGUAGGAGUGGUGUUUGGUUUAGUAGCCCUAAAGUGCCAUUAAUUUAUAUUUACUGAGCUCAGAUGUUUACUGCCUUCACUCUGGUUAUUCAGACUGACUUAGAAAUAAAUUCCCUGAGACGUUAUUGUUACUCAUGCAUACCAAAGAUUUCAUAGAUGCAUCCAUGUUUAUUCUUGUAAAGAGAAUCCUAUUUAGACCAAUGAUCCAGCAUUUUGGGAGAAAUCAACCCUAAAGCAUGGAGGUUGUUACAGUAUGUUAGACGUGGUUUACAUGAGGGGAUGUUUGACCUCUGGGAUGACAGGAAUACAGUGAGGUUCUCUGUCUGUCCAGACUGAGAUGGGGAGGUGGGAGGAUGUGGGUCAUAUAAAUAAGUGUGAAAGGCAGAAUGACAGAAGAGCACUGAGAUUUAAAUCACAUGGAACAGAGGCUGAUUGGCCAGAGGGAUAACAGAAAUAAGUUUGACAGUUUGGGAAAGCAGAGCCCAAACUCCCCAUCCGUCUUAUCCGGGUAACUUCAGGGUUAACCCUGGUUUUUCUGUAACCGGCUCCGGAGCAGGUUAUGUUCCAAAUUAGAUCAACAAGUAUGAAAUCACCACCUGAUGAUCAACCAGAUCUCCAGAAAAAAGAUCACCUGAUAGCAGGAGGGUCUGAAGUCUUUGUGUUUCUUAAACGUAUCAGUAAUAAAUACAGAUUCUUAUAUGCAACUUUAUUCCUUGAUUUAUUUGUUUAACAAUUUGACUGCAAACAAUUUUACAACAGUUUUGUUCUUUAACCAUAUCUAAACUGGUACACCUAUUUGUACUUGUGCAGCUGUAUUUCUUGCAUUCUGUAUUAUGUGUAAAAUAUUUUUCUAAUAUUAUGUUUUAUUCUUCCUUUGUAAAACUGCUGGUAAACUAAUCAAUGUGACUGGUCAAAUGUUGCCAAUGCCAGUGAACGUGCUCAUACCCGGGUUAACUUGGUGAGUUGACAGCCAGGAGUGAAGGCUCUGCCUCUAAUUUUAAAUACACUAGUAACCAUUAGUAAGCUCGUUCUUUCAGAAAUGUUUGGAAAGGCAGACUGCAUGGAUACUGUAGGUGCUUAGUGAGUCAAACACUGACAUCUAGUGGAAUAAAAUCAUACAGCUCAUUUUGUUACUUUAUUUAACAGUUUAUAUAGUAUGAUUAUAUUUGCUGUAAUUACCACAUUCUGAUAUUUACAUACAUUAUGUUGCCAAAAGUAUCACCAUACAAAUCACUGAGUUCAGGUGUUCCAGUCACUUCCACAGCCACAGGUGUAUAAACCAAGCACCUACAGCAGGCAGACUGCUUCUACAAACAUCAGUGAAAGAAUGGGUCGCUCUCAGGAGCUCAGAGAAUCCCAUUUCAAGAACAGAGAUUCAUGGAAUGGGUUUCCAUGGUGAGCAGCUGCAUCCAAGCUGUACAUCACUAAGUGUCAGAUGCAGUGGUGUAAACCACGCUGCCACUGGACUCUAGAGCAGUGGAGACGUGUUCUCUGGAGUCUGGGUUGUUUAUGGGUCCCAUAAACACUCCUAAACCUGUGGAAACCUUCACAGAAGAGUCAAAGCUGUUAUUGCUCCAAAGAUGGGCCCACAUCAUAUUAAACCCUCUGGAUUCAGAAUGGGAUGUUACUCAAGUUCAUAUACAUGUGAAGUAGACAAGUGAAUAUUUUGGGCAAUAUAGUGUAUGUGUAAUACACACCAAGUUAUAGCUGCACUAUAACUUGGUGUUCUUUCUCAGUGUGCUGUUUGAACUGCCUGUUAUGAGCCACCCUUCUUCUCUUAUCCAGGUACACAGCCUACUUUCUUCAGGUAUUUGCUACAUUCGAUCCAGAUGAUAAUUGGCAUAUAAAAGCCUUUGUCCCUCAUUUUUUACACAACCAAUUGCAUUCUUGUUUGUAAAGUUACACUGGAGUGACCAGGUAAAUACCAAAUAUCUGCGCUGCAUCCUCGGACAUCUGCCUCUCAUGACUAUGUUGGACUGAAAACCAUGAUUCUGCUUCAAACUAGCAGCAGCUGCACAGCUGCAGAAUGGAACUGGUUUGAGGACCAGAACUGUUCUGGUGGGGAAAAAUGAAAAUACCUUUUGUUGGAGCUAUUUGUGGGUUAUUUUGCCUUUUGAAUUAAAGUGUUGAGUUUAUUUUUGCUAAGGUUAAGUUUAUGGUUUAUUUUUCUUUUUGGUAAAUUUGGGUUUACUUUUUUGCGU